CCAAUUCUCUACUUAAUUUAUGUUCUUUUAAGUUAUAAUGAAGACACCGCGGAAAUAGGUGCCUUUACCUUACUCCACCUACUUUCAUGUCAAACGUUUGACAUAUUUUGAUGUCUGUCAUAUUGUGAAAAGUAAAUUAAAAGAAGUUUUUAUUGUUUUCCAUAUAAUAUAGCCAGCGUAGCUGUCACUUAGAUUCUACUUGAUCAGGUAUCUUCACAAUAAAACUAUAACCAUGCCUAGAAAGAGGUGAAUCUUCCCCAACGUCCCAAAGGAGCUUAAAAAAUUGAGGAGAGACAGAAGAACAUCAGGCUGCAAGUCGCUCCGUAGAAAUUGUGUUUGAUUUCUCAGGGUAUUUAUGGCUUGUUCUCAAAAAAGUGGCACUGUAACCUGCCGUACAGUUUUUGUAAGAAAUUUUUAUUUUUUUCUUAAGAGAUGUAUAUAAUUUUGUUAAGUAUUUUAUUUAAAGAUACUUUUUACACAGAGGCUAUGUAAUUUUAUGGAAUUUAAUAGUACAUACUAACUACAAAUUGAAUUUAAUGUAUUUGUUUCUCUGUGACCUGGCGUGUCCAAACACGACUUGUGGCACUUUAAAGUAAAAUAAAAAUAUAUUCGGUUUAAAAUAAAUUUAAAAAUGUUUAAAACUAAAGUCUUGUAUAUGAUUAAUUUUAAGCUAACAUAGACCAUAUUUAUAUUAUAAACCUAAUUUCAAAGUUAUUCACGAAAAACAAAUGUCCAACGUUAUUUUCUCUAUAACCUGUGCUUGCACACAAUCGCACGGCACUCGUAUACUGUGACGUCCUCGAUGUCCCUUCCCCGCCCAGACGCACCCGCCAGUAUCGAGCAAACCACCGACAGGACUGUACGCGUUUUGAUUAUUGGCAGUUUUAGAAAAAGAAGAUCGAAAAACAUCAGUCGGAGUUUGUAAUUGGUAAAAUGCCAAAACGAAAGAGUAAGACAAAAGAAGAAAUCUUAGCUAGGAAAAGAGAACUUGAAAGAAAGAGGUACGAAAAAAUAAAAAACAACCCGGAUCUUUACGCAAAAUACAAAGAAAGAAAUAAAGAAAAGUACGAGAAACGUAAAAAAGAGGGUAAGGUUACGUCUAUAGAUAAAUUGCCAGCGAGAGACCAAAGAAUGUUAAGAAAAAAAUGGAGAGAAGACGCAAAAAAAUCAUAUCAACGCAAAAAAGAAGCAAAAGCAAGGAUACAACUCUUUCUUGAGUGCAACAGUCCACCUUCCAGUGAUAUAGAAAAUAUCAAUCCCGAAAAUAUUGGAGGCAGUAACGGAAAUUACCCUGAAAGCCUGGGCAAAUCUGAGUGUGGAAGAAUCACUAGGUCCUACCUCAGGUCAAGAGAUGUUAGUCCAGCAAGUUCAUAUGUCUCAUCGGUAAAUUCAGCUGAAAUUGUCUCUCCCAGUGCUCAACGUUUAGUUAGAAAGCUGAGAUAUAAAAAAGACAAAGAAAUUGCAUCCUUAAGACUCCAACUGCAAUCAGUAAAAAAAGUUAAUGAUGCCUUUAGAAAAAAACUAUCCAGACUUCAAUCAUUAAAUGCAAAUAUUUACGACCCAGCUUUACCUGGCACUAGCCGUGAUGACUCAACGGAAGAAGCUUUGUUGCAGUCGUAUAAGAAUGAGAAAUCGUACAAAAUUAAACAAAUAAUAUCAGCAAGUCUUCAACAACAAUUCAAAUCUGCAAAAUUACACAGAAAAUUUAAGACAAUGUUUAGAAAAAGGGAUUUACCCAAGAAACAAUCAGUGUUGAAAAAGAAGAAGGAUGUAAAAACGUUUCUGUCGGACGAUGAAAAUAGUAGCUGCACGGCUGGAAAAAAAGAGUACGUCAAGAAGGAAGGUAUAAAGGUACAAAAACGAUAUUUAAAUGAUUCUCUGGGUAAUCUUCAUAAAAAAUUCAAUUCGUCCCAACCCUAUAUUUUGAGCUUUGCUACUUUUUGUCGAUUUAGACCAUUUUGGAUUUUACCUGCUUCUAAAAGACCAAAAGAAAUGUGUCUUUGUGUGAUUCACGAAAAUUUUCAACUCAUAGUAUCUGCACUUCACAAACACCAAAUUAUAGCGCCAAAGGAUGCUACUAAUCUGCUGAAAACAAUUUGCUGCAAUGUAUAUAAUGCUAGAUGUUUAUUCCGAGAUUGCAUCAACUGUAAUGAUAAUGUUAUUCAAUAUCUGGUAUAUGACGAUGCUACUGACUUUUACUAUUGGUCAUGGAACUCUAAAACUGAAACUAUAGUACAAAACGGUUGCAAUAAGACAAUAAGAUUAGUUAAGAAAGAAAAAAUGAAGACAAAACCAAAAGAAGCUAUAAAACUUUUCGAAGAUAUGAUAGAUAAAUAUAUGAAACACUGUGGAAGAAUGGUGAGUCAGCAAGAAGCAAUAAAAGAAAUAAAAGAACAGCUGAAACCUGAGGAAGCUGUAAUCCACGUUGAUUAUUCAGAAAACUAUAAAUGCUCAUAUGCAAAAGAAAUCCAAUCGGCACAUUUUGGAGCUAGUAAGCCGCAAAUCACUAUUCACACCAGUGUACUUUAUUUUUUUGACGUGAAUAUGCAGAAACAAACACAAUGCUUUGCCACGUUUAGUCCGAAUCUCAGACAUGAUACUGCAGCUGUAUGGGCUCAUAUGGAUCCCAUAAUAGAUUACUUAAAAGCACAUUCACCACAAAUAACAACUUUUCAUAUAGUGUCGGAUUCUGCAACCAGUCAAUAUAGAAAUUACAAGAUAUAUUAUGUUAUUACAGCUCUAAGAUGGAACUACCCUCAACUGAAAUGUGUAACAUGGAACUACUCUGAAUCUGGACACGGCAAAGGAGCUCCAGAUGGAGUCGGAGCUGUUAUAAAGCGUACUGCUGAUUCAUGUGUUAACCAUGGAGCUGAUGUGCCAGAUUUUGAAAGUUUUUCCCGUUUAUUAACGCAAAACCUAAAAAAUGUUGUAACUGAAACUGUUUCCGAUUAUAAGAUUUUUGAAAAAGAUUUGUUACUCCCUGAUAAGUUACAACCAUUUAAAGGUACCCAACAAGUCCACCAAAUUGUAUGGUGUAAUUCUAGAAGCACGUCUGUUGUUUUAAGACGUCUUAGUUGUACCAAAGAAACGUGCUUAACUGAGGCUGAAUACUGUAAGCAUGGAAAACACCUUGGCUUUCAUAAUGUUCUCGUCUCGACACCGAAGCCAAAACGUAAAAAAACAAAAGAAUCUUCUAUGAAGCAAACUCCUCGACAUGUAAAGACUCGCCUGGACUUCUUUGAUGUUUCAGAUGACAAUGACGAGUUUGUUGCUCCUGAAACAGAUCUUUCUGUACCUGUAGAUGAUAUAAGUGUUACAACGCUUCAUAGAUCUACACCAUUUUCAGCACUUUCCGAAAUAGAAUUGCCAUCUGAACUUCGAAGAAGUACCUUAGACAACAUUUUAAGUCAAAAUGUGGCUGAUUUUUCAGAUGACGAGAUAUUUUAAGGUUUACUCUAUUUUCAUUGUUCCGUACCCAAAGGGUGUCCGUCCGUCCGUCUGUCACCCGGCUGUAUCACAAGAACUGUGAGAGUUAAACAGUUAAAAUUUUCACAGAGAUGGCAUAUUUCCCAUAUCCCAUACUUCAGAAAUGACUUUUGUGUGUCCGUUUUAUGGGCAAUGGUACGGAACCUUCCAUACGCGUGUCCGGCUCGAACUUGGCUGUUUUUAUUUUGUUUAUUACACACAAAGAUUUUUUGUUUAUUUGCACAAGGUAAGCGUAAGUUGGUAACUAAAGAAAAACGUUUUUUACGACUGAUUACUUAAGACUGAUUAAUUAAGUACUUGAAUAUAACUAUUUUAGUUAUGGGAAUAAUUAUUUUAUGUUGAUAUCACCUAUGUCGAUAAGUGUUAAGAUCAGAUUUUUUUAUAGCUCAGAAAGAGUAGUUUUGAUUGUUUUUUUUUAAAUAAAUGCUGAUUUAACAAGAA